AUGUUGAGUAUUCUACUCUUACUCCUCGUCUACCAAGUAACCGUAAUCCUUUCAUCACAAUGGACAUCAUCACAAUUCCCGGAUCUUCGUGGCCCUUCUGUCAAUCAAUGUGUGGCAGUUUUACCACGAAACAAGCAACAACUGUAUGUAUGUGACCCAGAUCACAUGCUCAAUAAUACACAAGCAAUGCAAUUGAACAUUCAAUUACAAGAAUUGGCUGUUGGAACUCCUUGCCAUUGUCAGAGAAGAUCUCAGUGUACGACUGGAAUUGAAGGUAGCGGUGGUAAAGAGGGUCUCCACGGAUUCAUUGUCUCCAUUGCCAUCGUAAAAAAUCUCUACAUGCACAUGCACUCACCAUCUGACACACAACUCACGGAACGAGCAGAAGCUUUUUGUAGAGCUCUCGAGGGAAGAUGGGCUCUCGGAGAUUGUGGAAACUCAGUCAUUGUUUUUGUAUGGCAACAUUAUAAAAAGAUGGUAAUUUGGCCUGCAAGAUUGGCUGAAAAAUAUAUAACAACGGAGGAGAGAAAGGCGAUUCUUACGAAAGUGAAUGAUUACGCGCAGACAGAUGAUUGGUUUCCAGCACUUUCAACGAUAAUUAAAGAAAUAUCGAAUGAAUUGAACGGUCCACCAGAACCAAGGUUUGAUACCGGGACGUUAUCUCUACUGUUAUCUGUUGGAUUAGCAGUUGGACUGACUCUUUUCAUUACAUGUUGUGUAUGUGCAUUCCGAUGUUGCGGAAAUGUGAAAACAAGAGAACGACGAAAGAGUGUGGAACGGGCAAUGGACAAUCUGAGGAACAGCGUCAUUCGACGAGGCAGUCAGUUUCGCAGAUCCAUAAGCCGUUCCCCACGUAUCAUCAACGACGAAAAAGACGUGUUUUUUGGCGAUGCGACUCGUGUCUAA